AUGUCUGUCACAAAAGAUAAAGCUAAAGAGCAAUUUAAAAAAUAUGAAGGCAUACAUAAAUCUAUGGAUGAACAAACAAAUACUCUUGCCGCAUUAGUACUAACUACACCCGAGAAGCAGAGUACAGCUCCAAAGUCCGUUCAGGCAUCAGGAACAGCAUUACAACAAGUUGAAGAUGACUCAGAUGAUGUCAUCUACACCAAUCAUUUUCCAUGCUCAUUUUCUCUUGAUCUUACUUUUUAUCAUCGUGAAAAACGUCGUCAGUUUGUUUCUGAUAUUCUUUUCGCCAAAACAAUUCAUGCAACAGCUGUCUGUUGGUACGAUGAAGGAAGUUGCAUGUACAGUACAACAAAUUUCAAGGACAAAUUACCAAUUAUAUAUGAGAAAGAAGAACAUGGAUAUCAACGUCGUUUAACAAUCAACGGUCCGUCAACGACAAGUGGUACAAAGUAUUUAGAUCAAUCUUCGAUUCGAAUUAUUGAAACACUGAUCAAACAAGUGCUAAAACAACAAUUCAAAGUCGUUGGUUCAGUCUUCUACCGAUGGGAUGAAGAAGCAGAUCAAGACGGUCCCUAUAAUCUUCUUACAGGAUUCAAACUGGCUAUGUGUCUCACAGAAUCAGGUCCGACCUUGAAUGUGGAUACCACGAUUACACGAUUCUAUCCCCACUUAGAUCUUCUAGCAUUUAUUUUGGAAAGAUUGUUGAAAAACGAAUCUUCUUUUCGUGGAUCACUCUUAGAUCGACAUUAUGAUCAAAUUGGUAAUCGCUUGAAAGAUGUUGAAGUCACAACAGCUCAAUCAAAUUAUGAAAAAAUAUAUAUUCUCACAGGAUAUUUUUCGGAUCAGCUUCCUGAAAAAACUCCAAUUAAAGAACAAGGCAAUCUCUUAAAUUACUACAAGCAUCUCGGAUUCGAGCUUCGUUAUCCACAGUUAUACUGCGUGAAAGCCUAUCCAUUGGGCAAUCCACAAAAUUUAGUUGAUUUGCCGAUUGAACUUUGCUGUCUUCGAGAGUGGCAACAGGUGAAGGAAGAUGAAAAUACAAAACCUGUUCCAGCACCAACAGUCGAUAAACGAUAUCAUUCAAUUUUGACAGCUAUUAGAUAUUGCAAUUUCCAUGAUGAUGAAUUAUGUAAAGAAAUUCAACUUGAAGUUAAUUGUCAGACGAUGAUGGGAAUUCCUUAUGAAACUCUAAGCAAACGUCAAAUUAUUCUCGGUCGACAAGGUGCUUUUACUAAUCCAGUCUCGAUUGAUAACAUGGCAUUUAUAUAUCUGGCAGAACGUCAACAACCAAAUGCGAGACAAAUACAGGAAAAGCUAUUGAACAACUUCUAUGAUAAAGUUAUUAUGUUUAAAUAA